UUAAAUUUUACAAAAAUGGAGCCUAAUAGCCAUUCUUCAGAUAUUUCAGACAAUAGUGGAUCAGACACAGGAGUGAAGCAUCCUGCCAUUGACUUCAGAGGCCAGAACAUUCAGAUGGAAUCUACCGAUUAUUCCAAUUUAAUUGAAGGGGCAGAGGAAAUGGCACAGACCAUCCAGCCUCAUCAUCCAGAUAAGGAUGAGAAGCUAGCAUUGGCUUAUGCUGCGAAGGCUAAGAAAACAGACAAUGAUAUGACACCACCAAAGAACAACAACUAUAUGUAUAUGGACGAAAGUGAAGGGGAAGAAGAUUAUGGAUAUCCCUCUAAAGAGGACUAUUACGCAGAACUAGCUGAAGGAGAAAUAAUGAUUGAUGAUGACUCAGAUUAUCCUCCCUUUGGAGAAGUCGAAGAUGAUAAAGCCAAUGCUAUUGAUCAGCUCAAAAAGGUAUUCAUGCAUAUGAAAGGGGAAGGAUCCAGCCCUAACAAAAGUAAAGGAAGUAGCAAGAAAGAAAAGAAGCAAACCCUUGUAGAUACUCCUAAACCAAAGCCUGCUGCGAAGAAGAGCUAUAGAGAAGAUGAAGAGAAGGCACCCUUCACUCCUCUCUGAGAGAUUAUUGAUAAUGAAAUAUUUAAUGAAAGUGAUUCCAGUGAAGACGAAGGCAUCCCAGAUUACCGUAUUGGAGGUUACCAUCCAGUACAUGUUGGAGAAGUAUUCCUGGAUAGAUAUAUUAUCAUCCAAAAGCUUGGAUGGGGCCAUUUCUCAACAGUCUGGCUUACUAAAGACCUCAAAUUCGAUACAUUUGUAGCCAUGAAAGUGCAGAAAAGUUCCCAGAAUUACCUUGAAGCUGCUUAUGAUGAAGUUGAAAUUCUAGAUGUAGUGUCAAAGAAAUGGAAAACUAAAGUUUGGCAAGAUUCUUUAAACCAAUAUUACAGAAACCUUCAUGAAGAAGAAAAGAAAGCUACAAAGAAUAGUGACUGUUAUUGUGUACAACUGCUGAAUUCCUUCCUUCAUUAUGGGCCAAAUGGCAAGCACUUUGUCAUGGUCUUUGAAAUAAUGGGAGUAAAUUUAUUAGAGGUUAUCAAAAAGUAUGACUAUAAAGGAGUCCCUAUACCACUAGUUAGAACUAUGGCAAGGCAAUGACUUAUUGGGCUUGAUUAUUUACACAGACUUUGUAAUAUCAUUCAUACCGAUUUGAAGCCAGAGAAUGUGCUCAUCUGCUUGACAGAGGAGGAAGUUGAUCAAAUCGCCAGAGAGAAUAGACUCAGUAAUAGCAAGAAUAAUCAAAAGCAUCUCAAAAAGGAUAGAAACAUAGCACAAUUAGCUCUCGGAGAUGCUUUUAAAAAUAUUAUUACUGGAGAAAAUCCAGCUGAUAAACCCAAAAUUUUAAAUGCUCCUUCUACUUUAAAGCCGAUUGACCCUUCAAAGCCUCUAGCUUACGAUAACUGUGAGGGAUAUGAGGUAACAACGUAUGCUGACAUUGUUCCAGGAUACUCUGGAUUUAAUAAAAAUAAAAAGAAGAAGGCUAGAGUGAAGCAUCAGGCAGAACUUCUUGAAAUCAAUACUCAGAGAUUUGAGGAAUUUAAGCAAGCUUCUAAAGAAAUUGCACAACAGAUUGAAGAAGAGAAGGCUGAAGAAGAUAAUGAAGCCCAAGUUAUUGAUGAGGAGAAAGAUAAAUCUCAGGAUGACAACGAAGAAGAAGACAAAAAGGACAACUCCAAAGGUUCUAAUAUUGAUGAAAGAGUCAGACUCAAGAUCUGUGAUCUCGGUAAUGGAUGUUGGACACACCACCACUUCUCAUCUGAGAUUCAGACAAGGCAAUACAGGUCUCCUGAGACUAUUAUUGGGUUGACUUAUGGCACAUCUGCUGAUAUUUGGAGCUUUGCAUGCAUGAUCUUUGAAAUGAUCACUGGAGAUUUCCUAUUCGAGCCAAGGAAAGGAAAUAAUUUUGAUAAGGAUGAUGACCAUCUUGCCCAAAUGAUGGAAAUUUUAGGGAAAAUGCCUAAAAAUAUUGCCUUUUCAGGAAGAUUAUCAAAAAGAUUCUUCGAUAAGACUGGACAUUUACUUAAAAUUAGAGGCCUGCAACACUGGCCACUCAAGAAAGUAUUGAUGGAGAAGUACAGAUUCAUUGAGAAUGAGGCUGAAGCAUUAGCUGAUUUCCUCCUUCCAAUGUUGGAGUGGCACCCUGAGAAGAGAGCAACCGCUAAGGAAAUGCUUGAACACCCGUGGUUAUCAAUGGAAUCGAAUUAUGACUAUGUCUUGAGUGAGAGAGAUUACCAAGUGAUGAUGCUCAAAAAUAGACUCAACAAUGAGCCAUCUGGAGAGGAUAAUAAGGAAAUGAGUGAGCUAGGUGAAAGUGAUAAUGACUUAUUCAAUGCUGACUGCGAAGACUUCAACUCAACAAUGUCUGAUGAUGAUACUGACGAUGAGCUUUUUGUCACUGCCGAUACUAAAACAAUAGCAAAGAAAAACUAUUUUAGUGAGGAUGAAGAUAUAGAUACCAGACUACCAGGUCCAAACUAUCUGAACAAUUCCUUCACUGGGCUUUAUCCUGAGGAUAUGAACAGGAAUUAUGCUGAUAAAGGACCAAAUCAGCAAUUUUUGAAUUUGGAUUCUGAUGUUGAGUAA